CCUACCCCAGUGGCAGCCCCAGGGCUAUCAGUUCCGGAAGUUCCCGUUUGAUUGGGGCACCCCGGGCCUAGAUCCCGAAAGCCGGGCGGGCGUGGCUCGCGCAGCCACCAAUUCAAGAAGUCAGCGUCCAAGGCUUGGGGUUUGUUCCGGCUCCGGGACUCUGGGGAGGGCGGCGUUGGCGGCUCUGCCGGCCUCCCAACGCGCGGGGGCGCUGUGGGCGCGGCGUGACCUCACGGGAACUGGGCGUUCCUUUACCAAGCGCCUUGUGGGGUUCUCUCAGUACCCACGUGUGCGUGUUAUCCCGGCAAGGUUUUUCGAACAAAAUGCCAAAGCUCAAAGCAGCCCGUGGGGCCGGGGCUUCGGAGAAACAUGUGCCUCUGGCCGAGCAGAUCCUGGCGGGGAACGCGGUGCGGGCCGGCACUCGGGAGAAGCGGCGGGGCCGCGGAACCGGGGACGAGGAGGACGAAUAUGUGGGGCCCCGGCUGAGCCGACGGAUCCUACAGCAGGCCCGGCAGCAGCAAGAGGAGCUGGAGACAGAGCACGGCACCGGGGACCGGCCCGACAAGCCUCGCGAGCGCGCCACGCGACUCGGCCCUGGCCUGCCCCAGGAUGGGUCAGAUGAUGAGGAUGAAGAGUGGCCCACCCUGGAGAAGGCGGCUACCAUGACAGGGGUGAACCCCCAUGCAGAGGUGGUUGUAGACCCUGAGGAUGAGCGGGCCAUUGAGAUGUUCAUGAACAAGAACCCUCCUGCCAGGCGCACCCUGGCUGACAUCAUCAUGGAGAAGCUGACCGAGAAGCAGACAGAGGUCGAGACAGUCAUGUCAGAGGUGUCGGGCUUCCCAAUGCCCCAGCUGGACCCCCGGGUGCUGGAGGUCUACAGAGGGGUCCGGGAGGUGCUGUCCAAGUACCGCAGCGGGAAACUGCCUAAGGCCUUUAAGAUUAUCCCUGCCCUCUCCAACUGGGAACAGAUCCUGUAUGUCACGGAACCAGAGGCCUGGACUGCGGCUGCCAUGUACCAAGCCACCAGGAUUUUUGCUUCUAACCUGAAAGAACGCAUGGCCCAGCGCUUCUACAACCUCGUUCUGCUCCCCCGGGUUCGAGAUGACAUUGCUGAAUACAAGCGACUCAACUUCCACCUCUACAUGGCACUCAAGAAGGCCCUGUUCAAGCCUGGAGCCUGGUUCAAAGGCAUCCUGAUCCCACUGUGUGAGUCGGGCACUUGUACCCUCCGGGAAGCCAUCAUCGUGGGUAGCAUCAUCACUAAGUGCUCCAUCCCUGUGCUGCACUCCAGUGCGGCCAUGCUGAAGAUUGCUGAGAUGGAGUACAGUGGGGCAAACAGCAUCUUCCUGCGACUGCUGUUGGAUAAGAAGUACGCACUGCCCUACCGCGUGCUGGAUGCGCUUGUCUUCCACUUCCUGGGCUUCCGGACAGAGAAACGUGAGCUGCCUGUGCUCUGGCACCAGUGCCUGCUCACACUGGUCCAGCGCUACAAAGCUGACUUGGCCACAGAUCAGAAAGAUGCCCUACUGGAACUGCUCCGUCUACAACCCCAUCCACAGCUGUCCCUCGAGAUCAGACGAGAGCUUCAGAGCGCAGUCCCUCGUGAUGUGGAAGAUGUCCCCAUCACCAUGGAGUAAAGAAAGCAGUCCCCAUGUCCCUGGGCAUGGGGGAGCACCAGGACUCCCGCAGAUGACUAAAGGUCACACUGAAGACCAGGGCAGUGACAGGUCACAUUGGCACACAGUGCCAGGCCAGGGCAGAGAGGCCUGAGGGUCUUGUCUGGCUCUCUUCUCCAUUCUGCUCCCUUCAGAGCUGCGGAGAUGAACAAAGCAGCAUUCCUACUCUGCUCUCCUGGCAGCUCAGGGACUCAGUUCACUGGGGUGUGGGUGAAAAAAAAAGGGAAGGUAUUUAUUGAAUCUGUGUCCCGCUGCA